GGUCCGCUCUGCAUACCUUCGACGCAGCUCCACUUUGUCCAUAUCGCGCCAGAGGAAUUCGUCAGGGCGUCGCAGAUUGCUGCGCGACAUAGUUCUAUUCUGGUUGGAAUCCCGGUGACUUCAGGUAUUCGGCCCAAUUAAGGUCUGGCAUUCACCUUCGGAGGAGAUAUCAUCAGUUUCUGGCUUCCUUGACUCGUGCAUCUCUUCGAUUAUCCUGUGGCAUGGCAUUCUUGUGCGCCAACUCGUCUGGACGUAUUUAUACCCGCGCAAUCUCUUGCUGGCGACCAUCGCUUUCCCUUCAACCCCCCUUCCACCUCACCGCUCCUAGCUCCGCCAGGUGCACGCGGACAACCAUGUUAGCCUCUGAGGACCAGAAGGACGACAAGCCUCAGCUUAAGACCACCGACGCUUCUACCAUCUUCGAGUACACCCCCGCCACCCGCAGACGCGAGGAUCUCUUGGCCUAUGCAUACUUCCUCUACGAGACCUGGGGCAGCUCUGUAUGGGCUAUUUUCUCUAGCUGGACGGACCCUAGCGUCAUCUUGGUCUCUUUCACCUUCUCGUUUGUCACUUCGUUCUUGCUUCUCAUCGUUCUCCUUGCGUCCAUUGCCAUCAAGACUCCUACGCUUCGGGACCUCAUCGACAGGGUCUGCGAGAACGACGAUGGUCUCACUGUCGUGAACUCUGCCUACCCUCAGAUUUUCUCAUGGAUGCCUGAGAGCGUCCGCAAGGCUGCCUAUGACACCAUGAACAAGCCUCAGUUUGAGAGUCCGUCCCGCAUGUGCCGCCGCGUCUUCGACCUCGACAUUGCCAAGGUUCUCCUCGUCAUAUCUGCCCUGAUGUACGAACGCCAGAAGCCCAGAUGGUCUGGCGUCAUGCUCCGCCGCGCUGGCACUGCUCGCGGGCGCGGGAACGUCAAGGUCAGCGACUGGUACAUUGGCAAGAUCGCCAAGAAGCUAGGGCUCAACUACCGCGCUAUCACGGAGAUGAACAGCGGGAGCACUAUUUGCGGCGCGUUUUACUCCACGUCUGGCUCUGACAACUUCAUCAUCCUCGCGUUCAAGGGAACCCAACCAGACGAGUUUGGCGAAUGGGCAACGGACUUCUCGUGCAACUGGGCUAUGGGUUCGGAGUACCUCCGUGGCUAUGGUUCGGUGCAUCGUGGCUUCUACCAGGCUAUGUUUCCGGAGCGCGUCUCUGCCUCUGGCAGAACACCGUACGAGGUCAUCCGCGGCGCGCUCAAGGACAUCGCUACGGAGAUGCGCAACGGAACUCAGGGCUCUCAGGCUCAGGAUCCCGUCAACGUCUUCGUGACUGGGCACUCACUUGGUACUGCGAGUGCUACAAUGUUCUAUGCUCGUGCGCUUCAGCGUCCCGAAGACCUUGGUGCCGAUAUCAACUUGCGGGAUGCUUACCUAUUCGCGACACCAAUCACGGCGAGCCCUCAGAGCCGCGCGGCGUUCAACAACGACAUGCAGCGCGACCCGGACCGACCUCGUAACAUGUGGCGUAUCACUAACAAGCGCGACGCCGUUGCUACCGGUCUCCCUGACCUGGGUGAUUUGGCGCUGCACAGCCAGAACGUUUCUGAGCGUAGCCAGGCGAACUUCUGUCACUUGGGCCAAGAGAUUAAGAUGCGCGACUACUACAACCUGUCUGUGACUGGCCCCGGUACCUUGGUUCCCAAAGGCACUGCUGUUCAGAUCGUCAGCAACGUCAAGCAGAGUAACAAGGAUGGCUUCCCCACUGGUGUAGUCAACCCCAUUGAGCUCCCGCCUCUGCUGAAGAUGGCCGAAAACAUCCCGAUGAUCGGACGGUUCGUGCAGCACGCGCCUGCCGGCUACCUUCACCUUCUGUCGCACAUGCGUCCCACCGACGCAGACGAGACGCUCCCUUGGUAUGGUGCCGCCGAUGCAAUCAAGGAAAUCGUCAAGGUGGAAUCAUGA